AUGUUGAUUUGUUUUCUCAUUCCUUCCUAUGUGCUUUACAUAGCAGUAUAUGGAUGGUGGCUGUACUGCAAGCUAGUUUUUGACCAAGAUGAAUUAUUCAAGCACUCAGAUAUGCUGGUCUAUUUCUGGCUAUUUUUAGCAGUGUAUCUGCAUCUUUCAUCAAUCAGAACUAUCAAUACGAGGUAUGGUUACAGUAAGACCACAUUCAGUGAUAAAAACAAAUACAUUCAAGCAAUGGUUUAUGCUUCCCUCAUGCCCGUUAUAUUCUUUGACUGGGAGUGUGCCAGGAACUUCUCUCUGUUUCUUGCUGUAACUUUUAAAAAGUUCUGGCCUAUUCUAGCAAUAGCAAAGGUAUGCGCAGUGACAUCUGUGUGGGUAGUGAUUGCCACUCACAUGGAUUACCUCGACCACUGGCAAUAUUACGGAUGGCUGGGCUUUAGUAUUAGCAUGACAGUCUUGCUUUUGGUAAAGUUCGUCUGGAUGCUACAUCUGUAUGUGUGGCUGUUUUACCUAGCUCCUUUCCUGUUGUAUUGGGUUUUAUACUUACUUAUGUGGCCUUUUCUGAAAUGUUGUGCUUGUGCUAGGAAAUGAAUGGGACUAAAUAAGAAGAGAAAGGAUGAAGAUGAUAUUAGUGUUAGUGAAGAAGGUAAAGCUGAUGUCGUUAGCAGUGAGCCUCCUCAAAACAGCAUCCCAAUUCAGGAGAGCAGUGAUUAUGAAGGAGGGGAUGAGGAAGACCCAGAUGGAGCUCUUCAUACUGAUAGAAGUAUGAAUUUAAGAGAAAGUCAGAGGAGAUCGGAAAAAUAUAGAAUUGAAGAGGAUAGAAUUGAAACUGAAGGAAACCUUAAUAAUAGGAAGAGUAUCUCAAAAAGAGAGUCAUCUAAGGAGGAGGAUGAAAAAGAUCAGAAGGACAAAAAGAAAAAGAGUAAUAAAAAGGAUAAGAAGAAAAGAAAAAUAUUUAACUCGCCAAUUGAAGAUUUGUGGUAUUUUGCAAGAGUUUGGAGAGCGCUUAUGAGUAAAUAUUGCCAUACUUGUGAUAAAGAAAUUUUAAGUUAUCAAGAAGACUACCAAUGCGACAUCGGGCACACCUUACACGUGAGCUGAGCUAAUGUAAAGUGGAUUGGAAAAAAGGUAUGUCCAAUAUGUGUGAAAGAGCCAGAGAGGCCACCAGUGGAGAUGGCUGCCAAUGGCGAAAUCAAGAAAAAUAAAGGAUCUUAUGAAAUAGAAAGUAGUGAAAUGAGCCAAUUGCCUCAAAAGCCUAAUGUUAAAUAAUUUCAACACUAAA